AUGUAUUUGGAAACUAGAAGGUUUAUCUUUAUUUUUUGGAUAAUUCUACAAGUUCAAGGAACUAAAGAUAUCUCCAUUAAAAUACACCACUCUGAGACUAAAGACAUAGACAAUGUCCCAAGAAUUGAAACAACUGAAAGUAUUGCAAAAAUGCACAAAGUUUCCACUAUGAGGCGAAUAUUCGAUCUGCCAAAGCGUCGAACAAAAAGAUCAGCUUUUUUCCCAUCUGGGGUUAAAAUCUGUCCACAGGAAUCCAUGAAACAAAUUUUAGCCAGUCUUCAAGCUUAUUAUAGAUUGAGAGUAUGUCAGGAGGCAGUAUGGGAAGCCUAUCGGAUCUUUCUGGAUCGCAUCCCGGAUCCAGCGGAAUACCAGAACUGGGUCGGCACCUGCCAGCAGGAGACCUUCUGCCUCUUUGAUAUUGGCAAAAACUUCAGCAGUUCCCAGGAGCACUUGGAUCUUCUUCAGCAGAGAAUAAAAUACAGAAGCUUCACUGAGAGAAAAGAUGAAAUAUCAACAGAGGAAACAUUGCGAAAGUCUGAUGAAACCCCUGUGUUUUCAACAGAUGUUGCCACUGUGUCACUCACUCCCUUCCUUCUCUCUCCUGAUGACAUGCACCUCAAUGAAAUUCUCAAUCAUACCCUCAAAGAUACCAAGAAACCUCCAACCGAAAGAGAAAUAGAAUUCCCUAUUGUAUCCAAGGACCUACUGGAGCAGAAGGUAGAAUUCAGCAUCUCUCUGGCAAACCAGAAGUUCAAGGCAGAGCUCUCUGACUCCCAGUCCCCAUACUACCAGGAGGUAGCAGUGAAGUCUCAACUUCAGAUGCAAAAGGUAUUUAAGAAACUUCCAGGAUUCAAAGAAAUCCAUGUGUUAGGAUUUAGACCAAAGAAAGAAGGAGAUGGUUCAAGCUCCACACAGAUACAACUCAUGGCCAUCUUUAAGAAAGACAGCACAGAAACAAAAAGCCCUGCAAAUGACUUCCUGUCUAUUGAUUCCAACAAAAUCGAAAGCGAAGUCCAUCAUGGAACCAUGGAAGAGGACAAGCAACCAGAAAUGUAUCUCAUAGCAACGGAUCUUAAAAAGUUGAUCAGCAGGGUCCUAGAGGAAGACCAAUCCUUGGAUGUGGAGACAAUUCAGUUCACUGAUGAUCAAGUUGGAUCACUACCAGACCUUGAUCCUGACACCAAAUCAGGGCUUCCUACACUCCUUGCUAAUGUCAUAAAGGAUGCUACUUUGAGUCCAGAACUUCCUCUUGGUGAACCUGGGCUUGAGACAGCAGACAGAACAGAGCAUGGUCAACCUGAUAGCUCUUGGUCUCCACCUGAUAUGGCUUCUGCCUCUCCAUCAGAAACUCCACCAUUCUUUACCACACCAAGCAUCUUUUCUCUGACUGAUCAAAGCACUGUGGACAUGUCCAUGGACCGGACACUGUUAAUUCCUACCAGUGAUUAUCCUGCCAUUAGCCAAGUGGCUCUGGAAAUUUCACAUUCACCUGCAUCUUCAGAUGACAGUGGCUUGAGUACAGGCAGCCAAGAUACUGGACAACUAGAGUCAAUGGUUCUGUCUAACACUCCUGCCUUGUCUGAGGUCCCAGGACUCAGUGGAUCUGUUUCCACCCCAGAUCAUUUCUUAGAAAAGACCACACCUGUCCCAGUUUCACAGUAUGUCACCACUAGCUCUAUGACCAUUGCCACCAGGGGCCAAGAGCUGGUAGUAUUUUUCAGCUUGCGUGUGGCUAACAUGCCCUUCUCUAAUGACCUGUUCAACAAAAGUUCACAGGAGUACCAAGCUCUGGAGCAACGAUUCACACAACUGCUGGUUCCAUAUCUCCAGUCCAAUCUUACAGGAUUUAAGCAGCUCGAAAUACUUAACUUCAGAAAUGGAAGUGUGAUUGUGAACAGCAAAAUGAGGUUUUCCAAGUCAGUGCCAUACAACCUCACCAAGGCGGUGCACGGGGUCUUGGAGGAUUUUCGUUUUGCAGCUGCUCGACAACUUGAUCUAGAAAUAGACGGCCACUCUCUCAACGUUGAACCAGCUGAUCAAGCAGAUCCCUGCAAGUUCCUGGCCUGCGGUGAAUUUGCUCAAUGUGUGAAGAAUGAGUGGACCGAGGAAGCAGAGUGUCGCUGUAACCCAGGGCAUGCAAGCCAGGGAGACCUGGCUCACAGGGCCUCGGGCCUCUGUGCCCAUGGACAGGACUGUGGGGUCAUCCAGGGAAAAGGAGUUCCAUGCAGAUUUCCAGUUCACUCUAAAAAUGAAGCCUAUGAAACUAGAGUUAAAAAGUUCCAACAUCAGCAAAAUAACAAGGUAACCAGGAAAAGAAAUUCUGAAUUACCUACUGUAGAAAAUGAAGAAUUUAAUCAACCAGAAUGGGAAAGAAAUUAA